AUGGCGGAUGAUGAGGGUUGGUACAGACGGAGGCAGCGGGAGGACGACAGCUCGCUGGAGGAGCGCUCACUGGGUCAGCCCAGAGGCAGGUUGAAGUGGAGCGAAAGGAACACGCGGCCGGACGUGGAUGAUGACCAGAUAGGUGAGGAAGAGACCCGUGACUCGCUGACCGAGACCCAGGAAGAGACAUCCUGGCAGCUGGUUUGUGGGAGCGGGUGGAAGAAGCUUGCAAUUGGUUCACUAGCUAUUGCUGCUCUCUGUGCAAUCAUUGCCGGUAUCUUGUACAGUGAAGGUGAGCGGAUGAAACAGGAGAUCUUGUUGAAACAAACAGCCCUGGACUCUGCCCUCAGCAGUUACAGUGAGGUCAGAGACUCCAUGCAGCAGGAGCGCACACCCUCUGACUGUGCUCAUUACCAAGACACCUUCAGGAAUUGGCUGCUCUCCUUCUGCAAGAUGAUCAAUUGUACCACUGAAUUGUGCCAUAAGAACUGGGCCCCUUGCAAGGGCAACUGCUACUACUUCUCAAAGACCAUCCUGGGCUGGGCGGAAAGUCGACAGAACUGCAUAUCGCAGGGCUCCGAGCUCUUGCUGAUUAGCAGCCAGGAGGAACAGAUUCUGGUCAAUGGUAAACUCCAAGAUUUUGAAAGUGGGGGAUUCAGUGAUGCUGAUGCAUUGAACCUCAAAGGGUGA